GCUUUGGAACCUCAAGAAUGGCGACAAACUACGCGAUUUCAUGGGCGAAAAACACGAGGUGACGGCCAUGGCACUGACACCGGACUGGCGGGGUGAGGCCACCAAAUUGGUGCUGGGCUAUCACGAUGGGGCCAUUCGCGUUUUCGAUCUGGAUACCGCCGAAUGUCUGGUCACGUUGAACGGGCACAAAUCGUGCAUCACGGCCUUGACCUUGGAUGGGAGUGGCCUGCGACUGGCCUCGGGCUCGCGCGAUACGCAUGUAAUUGUCUGGGAUAUGGUCAAUGAAUGCGGUCUCUACCGACUAAAAGGCCACAAAGGUCCGGUGACCCAGGUGCGAUUUAUGACCGAUCGGCCGGUUCUCAUUUCCAGUUCCAAGGACACGCGUGUCAAGUUCUGGGAUCUGGACAUCCAACAUGGCUUUGCCACCCUCACCCGACACUUGACCGAGAUUUGGGACUUUGUCCUAGUGAAAAAUGAUCAAUAUCUCGUGACCGGGUCAGGUGAUGCCGAGCUCCGGAUCUGGAAGCUGACCUUUGAUCCGGAGUUUUCCGCUCUGAACAAAAGUCAAAAGCUCGACCUACCCGGUCAAGCCAGUAAGAAGUUUAAAGUCAACGAGACCGAGGAAGACGAGUUUGAAGACUUGGACGAGGACAACUUGGACGCAGACAGUGGGUUGAAGAUCGAGAAAUUGGGCUCCAUCCUCCGCGGGGCUCCUGAUAAGGUUUCCCACGUGGUCACCGAUGUCUCGGGUCGACUGAUGGCCGUUCAUGGGAGGGAUAACUCGGUGGAAUUGUUUCUCAUUAACAACGAAGAAGAAGUCAAGAAGCGCAUGCAGAAGAAGGCCAAGAAAGAGCGGCGGAAAGUCGCCAAGAAGGAGGGCGGAAGUGAGGUUCAAGAAAGUGUCUCCACCGUUAACCUCGACACGCCCACUAUCCAGGAGGAGUUUCGCCGUCUGAAAGUCAUCCGUGCCGGUGGCAAAGUGCGUCAUUUAAGCCUCGAGGUGACUCGGGAUGAAACAUUGGGCGUGAUUGACCUGAUCACCGCCAACAACCAGAUUGAAUCCUUCACCAUAGACUUGAUCGAGAAAAACGCGGAUCCCGAGAUGAAACUCCGUUUCGAUCAUCCCGGACAUCGCUCCGACGUGCGGACCGUCCAAUUCAGUUCGGAUAACACCUCGAUUCUUUCGGGAAGUCAUGAAUCAAUCAAGAUCUGGAAUCGGAACGUCCAAGUUUGCGUUCGAACGGUAGCCAGUGGCUACUGUCUAUCGUCCUUAUUCGUGCCCGGCGAUCGGCAAGUGAUCGUAGGCACCCGUAAAGGUACGAUACAAAUCUUCGACAUCGCCUCGGCCGAGAUGACCGAGGAGAUCGAAGCCCAUGACAAGGAGAUCUGGGCCAUGAGUUUGAAUCCCGACAAGAAAGGAUUCGUGACGGCGAGUGCGGAUCAUUCCGUCAAGUUUUGGGCCUUUGAGCUCCUCAAAGUGGGCGAGAAGAGGCAAUUGAGCAUCCUGCACAAGCGCACCCUAAAGUUGGACGAGGACGCUAUUGCCGUGAAACUGAGCGAGGAUGGCCGCAUGAUUGCCGUCUCGUUAAUGGAUUCGACCAUCAAGGUGUUCUUUGUGGACACGCUCAAGUUCUUUCUAUCUUUGUACGGACACAAAUUGCCGGCCUUGGCCUUGGACAUUUCCACCGAUUCGACGCUAAUUGUCACAGGUGGUGCGGACAAGAACAUCAAAAUCUGGGGUCUAGACUUUGGCGAUUGCCACAGAUCCAUUUUCGCCCACGAUGAUAGCGUGACGGCCAUUCAGUUCAUACCCAACACUCAUCUGUUCUUCACGGGCGGAAAGGAUGGCAAAAUCAAGCAAUGGGACGCGGACAAUUUUGAACGGAUUCUCACUCUCGAUGGACAUCACGGAGAGAUAUGGAGCUUGGCUGUGGCUCCCAAUUCCAGGUUUCUCGUCUCGUCCGGUCACGACAAGACUCUGCGAUUAUGGGAGAGGACCGAGGAAAUUUUGGUCUUAGAGGACGAGCGAGAAACUGAACGUGAACGCGAAGAAGAGGAUGAACUAGCCACGGGUGAGGCCAGAAUCAUUCCCGGUCAGGAGGAAAAAGAGGCGGAUUUGCCCGGCAAAAAGACGGCCGAGACGGAAAAGGGCGCAGAGCGACUCAUGGAGGCCAUUCAAGUGUAUCGCGAUUACACGGAAGAAGUGAAGGAAGCCGAGAGUGAGGCCAAAGCUCUAAAAAAAGAGCCCAUUAUUCCCGUAAUGCCGCCUUUGAUGUUGGCUUACCAAUGCCAAACACCCGAGCAUUACAUGGCCAAGAUGAUCGGUCUGAUUAAAUCCAGCGAAAUCGAACAAACCCUCCUUGUGCUUCCUUUCGACGUGACGGUUCACCUGCUGGAAAUCAUUCGCCUCCUCCUGGAGAAACGUCUCUCGGUGGAGGUGAUUUGUCGGAUAUUUUUCUUCAUCGUGGAAGUCAAUUUUGGACCCCUGUCGUCCGCCAAGGAGCUCAGACCUCUGCUCCAAGACUUAAGGGGUCUGGCCAAAGAUCGACUCCAAGAGGUGAAGGACACCGUCGGGUUCAAUAUGGCUGCCCUGCGCUACACCCUCCAACAGAAGGACGAGAAACAGAAGGCCAUUGAGCUUCAGGAUGCCGUCUCCAAGUUCAAAGAUAAGCGGAAGAAGAAAAAGAACAAGGAGAGAGCACUCCAAACUGCCAUAUUGACGCUCUAAAGAAUCUUUUGAAUUACAUAUUUGUUUCCGCCUUA